AUGUUCUACGAUAGAGGUAAAGACAAGACGAAACAACCAAUCACGAAAGACUCAAUUCCUAAAGGGGGGUAACUGCACGUGACUUGCAGCGUGUCAGUUUAGAAGUGUCCGAUUAAGCCAAAUUGCAUAUAAUCCUACUACGUUAUUACUCCAUUGAUUUGAAAAUACGCUGAAUUACAAAAGAAUUGCAUAUUCAUAUCUUUCCAAUUGCUGCUUGAGUUAUAAGAAAUAAACAAUGUGAAUUCAUACAAUAAUUUCUCUAUUAUACUAUAUAAUAUAUUCCUUUAUUAUACUAUAUAAUGAAAGUUUUAACAAAUUGAGUCAAAUAAUAUGUAAAAUAUAUCGUAAUUCUGUUUUUCAAUUUUUAAUUCUUUAAAUACAUUGUAAUUUUCAAUUAAUAUCAUGCAAGACAAGUAUAGGAUAAUUAUUCUUAUUAUUAUUGAAACAAAUAUUUAUACACUUAGAUUCUGUCAUGUUAUAUAUGUCAUAUUAUGUAUGUAUGUCAACAAAAUUUAAAAAAAUAUAUAUUAAACCUGAAUGAAAAAAUAGCAAACGAACAUAUAACAUGACAGACACUAUGAAUAAUCAAGUUUAAUGUAUAUAAACUAACAACAUUGUGAAAAGACAGAUGCAUUGAAAUACACAAGAAACGCCCGAAAAAUCAAUCAUCAAUUGUAGGAAAUUAAAAAAAAUUGCACGCAGCAUAGAGAAUAACAGCAGUAGAAAAUAACUAAAAUUUAAAUUCGAUAAGAUAAUACGUCACGUUGAAAUAAUACGAGGUUCUUAAAAACUUACCAGCUUCCAAGAUCUCAAGAUCCAGAUUUCCACUCCGGCUAUGACUGAUACUACUGCUGCAAGCAUUGUAACUGGAUCUGUGAGACUCUUCCAUAGCGCGGGAGGCACUGCGUUUGAACUGUUCCAAGAAACUGUCUAUUUGAUUUUCGAUGCUGGUCGGCGAGCUGGCCAUCUUUUUGCGCGCCACUCCUCAGUAAACGUCAACGUGCUGAAGAUGGGAAUGGAAGUUGAUCUCAUGGUGCCUCUAAAACCUUCAGUCGAUAAUACAGAGUGAGGACCAAGUGAUGUUGAAGGAGGGGAGAGCGACGUGACAUGGAAGGAGAUUUGCAAGUCGUCACUCGUUUUGUAGCGCUGAUGAAGUGCGUAUGGUUUCUUGUUAGUUGUGCGGGUAUCGGCAAGUGUUGAGUGUAUAAAAUCGGUCUAUUGAAAGAGAAAUAAAAAUUUUUCAACCAUGGGUGGAUAUGCCUGGGUUACAUUAGCUACCAACGAUGCUUAUUCUUUGGGAGCCUUAGUUUUGGCACACUCUUUACGACGUGUUGGUACCAAGCACGAGCUGGCCGUUUUGAUUACUCCUGGAGUAACGCAAACGAUGAGGGAAAAGUUGUCAGCAGUUUUUUCUGUAGUGAUGGAAGUAAAUGUACUUGAUUCAAAAGAUGAAGCUAAUUUAGCACUUUUAGCUAGACCAGAAUUGGGUAUUACAUUUACGAAAUUGCAUUGCUGGAGAUUAAUUCAAUACGAGAAAUGCGUGUUUCUUGAUGCAGAUACACUUGUCGUCAGAAAUUGCGAUGAAUUGUUUGAGAAAGAAGAGUUAUCUGCUGCUCCUGAUGUUGGUUGGCCUGAUUGUUUCAAUUCUGGUGUAUUUGUAUACAGGCCAUCUCAACAAACUUUUGCUUCUAUUACCGCAUUUGCUGCUGCUAAAGGUUCGUUUGAUGGUGGAGAUCAAGGAUUAUUGAAUAUGUAUUUCAGUGAUUGGGCUAGAAAAGACAUUUCCAAACAUUUACCAUUUAUCUAUAAUAUGUGCUCUACCGCUACAUAUUCCUAUCUUCCUGCAUUCAAACAAUUUGGGGAUGAUGUUAGAAUAAUACAUUUUAUUGGUAUUACAAAACCGUGGUUACAGUAUUUUGAUACUUUGACUGGUAUUGUUCAGCCACCAAUGGGUUCUGCACAUUUACAACCAUUAUUACAAUUAUGGUGGAACAUAUUUUGUGAAGAAGUACAUCCUCAGUUGUCACCUGUUAUGGCUACCAGCACAUUGGCACCAAUUUGGCACGAAUUUCCUCCUAUGUCUUUUGAAUCCUUUGUUCCAAAAACUCCCAUUUACAUGGACAUACAAAACAAGACACAGAAUGAUAUACAUUUAGAACAACCAGAUUUUUCAGAAUUUCAAGAUCCAUGGGAAAAUUAUUAUGUAUCAAAUGAUUCAGAUAUCUAUAAAUCAGAAAAUAAUGAAAGAGAACAGUAUUAUUCAACAGUCAACAGUUCUUCGCCUAUAUCUGUAUUAAAUGAAAGCUUAAACUCUGUGCAUCAGACUCAGUCAUCACUAGAAUAUAACAGAAAAUCCUAUCAUAAUCAACAAUAUAGUGAAAAUAUAUCUCCUUUAUAUAUUUUACAUCAUCAUAAUCAAUUAGAAUCUAACCAGUUAAUUAAUGAAACUAAGCAACAAUAUUUUUCUCAUUCCAAUGAUAUAGCCACUUCAAAUGCAGAAUCUGAACAUUGGAAAGUUCAAGAUAAUAUAGAACAAUGUAAUCCUCUACACAAUGUGCAAUAUUAUCAUUUUAAUGAAUCUCAAUAUCAACCUACUGACAAUCAAUAUAUUCCUCAAAGUACUUGUAAUAGAUUACUAUCAGAAGAAACAAACCAACAUCAGCAUAUUGAGUACAAAUAUAACUAUCAACAUUCUUCUAGUGAUAACAAAUUGCUUUCGAAAGAAAUAAAACAUCAACAUAAUGAAUCUUAUAUUGAUCAUCAUUGUAAUUAUUAUCAAAUGUUUGAUAAUGUAAAUAAUAAACAACUUGUUCAGCAUUGUGAACAAGAAAAUCAAAUUAGUAAAUCUUUAGAUGUCAACAUUGAUCAUGUCCAAACUACACUAAAUAACAUAGCUUAUCAGAAUAAUCUUCCUAUUAAACAAAAUACUGAACAAAAUGAAAAUAUGAACGUUACAGACAAACGGACAAGCACACUAAUAUCUACUAGUCCUCAUCCUGAUUCCAAACCUUGUACAGAUUUCCACAAUGUAGCAACGCAAUCUGAUUCACACAUAAUGGAUGAUUCAAAUAGUUCAAAUGCUGGUCUAGCUGGUGCCUUGGCUCAAAUGACGUUAGGUGAACCUAGAAGCGCUCAACAAAUUGCACUAGAGGAGCAUAUGCGAAAACAAAGUUGGGAACAAGGUCAGAUAGACUAUAUGGGUCGUGAUAGUUUUGACAAUAUUUGGAAAAAAAUUUGUGAAACACUUGCUCUUGCACCUCCACGGUUACCGUCUCCUCCUAAAGAAACAGAAAAGGAAUUGACGCUAAAAACAACCGACAAGACUGAUGAAUCUGUUAAAUCUAUUGAAGUUAUUCAAUCUACUGAUUCUGUAGAUGAGGUCGAUAAAGGAAUUGCUCAGACAACUAUCAGUCAUACUGAAGAACAAUCUCUAGUUAACAAUGUUCCUAUAACAAACGUACCUACAUUAUCAGGAGAUCAAAAGAAUGAAGAUGAUACCCACAUAUUUUCAACAAAAUCAGGAAUUGAAACACUUGAUACAAAGCUCCCAAUACAAAUAUCUCAUAAAGAUGUUGCAGAAUUCAGUUCAAAUUCAUUAUUAAAAGAAGCCUCGGAACAAAUAAAUCUGCUUAUAAAAUCAUCUAAUCCAGUUCAAUCAUCUUCAAUUGAAGAACAAAAUGCAAUUACCUCAUCAAAAAAACUAGAAAACAAGUUACAGGAUGUAAGAGAUCUUAAAAUCACAGUAGAUAUUGAAGAAACGAAACAACCAAAUAUUAGAGAUGAAAAACAUGCAAAAGAACUCUUAACUGCUUCUGAAAUUCUAACAGUUAGUCCUGUUCCUAUUCAAGUUGCAGAAUCUGUACUACAAGUGGAACCAAAAGAAUCUAUGCCAGAUUCUCAAAUAAUGCCACAAGAAAUUCUUUCUUCUACAAUUACACCUGUUCACUUAACAGAAAUAAAAAAUAAGUUACAUAUAAAUGGUUCGACAUCUUCAAUUAAUUUUGCACAAAAUAAAGAAAAAUCAAAUUUGAAUAAUUCCUCAACUGUAAUGAGUAUCGAUGCCAAUAAAUUAGGUCAAUCAGAAGAAGCUUCACAGAAUUUGUUACCAAUACAAGUUCAACUUAAUGACACAGUUGGAUUAUCUUCCAAAAAUUUAUGUAUACCAGAGAAAUCAAUACAGGAACAAACAGUAGAAUUAGAACAACAAGAUAAAAAAGGCGAAUCUGGCACAAACGAAAUAGUAGAAUCAAUUAAAAUUUCAUCAGAACAUAAAGUAACUGAAUCAUUACUAUUAGACAAAGCUCCAAUUAGACCUUCAAGAACAAAAGAGUUAAAUGCACCUUCGACAAGUAUCCAAAUAAAUGCACAGUCAGAUUUAAUAGAUCAAGAGAAAGUAAUAAAAAAGACUGGAAAAAAAUUGACGGAAAAGUCAAUAUCAGAAGUAGAAGCUAUGGAAACAACAGAUGGUGAUGGUGUUGAAAAGAAAGUAGGAAGAAAGACAGUAAAAAAAGUUACAAAGAAAACGAAAACAAAAUCAGAAGAAGGACCAGAUGAUAGUGCAGUAGACAGUAGUUCUUCUAGUAAACAAAAAAAAAAUAUAAAAGUUGUUAAAAAAGGUGUAAAAUCAUCUCAAAUAGGCGUUAGUGAUACUACUGUCCCUGAAACUCCAUCAUCUAGUACUUCUGAUGCACCAGUUCCACCUAAAAGAAAAACAAAAACAGCAGCUGCAAAACCAACUAUUAAAAAAUCUGAUAUAGAGCAAUAAUUAUAUCAAGAAGCUGACAAUAAUUAUUUAAAUACUGAAAGUUUAAAAACUACAAACUGCGAAAAGAAUGGAAGGUGAUACUCGCUAGUCUUUUCUAAUUUUUUAUACUUUUAAUACAUUUUCAACUGUAUCACCCAUAGCUUUGCUGUUUUUUUAAAUAUUGGAAUUUUGUUAGAUAACGUUAUAUUCCAAUAUAUUUACUUCAUAAUUUAUAUAUAUAUUUCAUUACAUGUCUUUUUUAACCAUGUGUUAGUACUAAAUAAAAUUUUUUUAUAUUAUAUCUCUAUCUACUUGUUUACAUAUAUUGGAAUGAAAUUAAUACUAUUUAAUGAUACUAUAAUUUUCUGUAAUUGUUAAUUACAGAAAUAAUAUAUAUAUAUAUAUAU